AGAAUUUUCUUUUCCGUUGUUUUGUUGUUGUAGCAACGCGUCUAAGCAAUCGCAAAGCUACAGCUACCGUUAGCUAAGCUGGAUAAUAGCAGAUGGAUAAUAAUAAAAUUAGUUGUAUAACUAACAACAUACAUGCACGCUCUAUGUAACGAACACAGAACUGUCUGACUGUGGUAACUACACAGAUACACAGUUUGAAGCUGACGGGGUUGCCUCGAACACCUGACAUUAUCAUGACCAGUCCCGACCAGGACUCUGAUGGACAGAAUUCACUCUUAAAUUAUGAAGCCGAAUCUUUUGAGUCGUGGCCAGGAAGCGACAGGACAUGUACCUCGUCCCGUUCCUUUGAAUCCCAGAAGACGUACUUCUGUCACAGUGACUCCUCUUUCGGCGACGCAGAGCUCGAUUCCCAGUCGCACAGCGGAAUUACGCCAUCCACUGAAGGAUACGAAAAUGAUGACUUUGAAGAGGACGAUGAAAAGGGGUCCGCGAUGGAGGAAGAGCUGAGGGAGAAAUGGAUCAGGGUCCUGAGGAGGAAAACACUCCCCUCGUCUGCUCCUCACCCAAAGCAGAGAUCAAACUGCAGUCCGCACAGAGGUGGCGGGAAGCUGUGUCUGGAAGAGCGUGUGGCGUUACAGGCCUUUUGCCAGGAGAGGAUCAGACACACACAGUCUCUGCAGUGGACGAGUCCCCCCGCUCACCGGACACAGCCUGGCAGGCACACUGAGCCCUGUCCAGAGACGGGACAGCUUGUGGCCGACCGCCUGGUGCCAAAGCAGCUCAUAUCAGUACUGAGAAUGAAGAGUUUCACUGAAGAGAUGAAGAAGGCUAUCGAGACAGAGCUGCACCAGCCCUCUCACUGCGGACCCUGUCGGGAGAACCUGGCCCGGUUGGCCCAGGACACCUUCAUCCGGAGGAAGAGGAGCCAGCUGGAGUGUGGGCUAUUGGAGGACAAACUGCAGGCCCACCUAUACGAGAAGGACGCCAUUUGCCUGGUUGGGGAACUACUGAGUGACAUUCCUAAAAUAUCAGACGACCCCAGCGAGAUCUGGCGAGGCUUGCUGACAAACGGCCGCUGGACCCCACAGUGACGUAAUGGAGGGCUUUCUGUUAUCCUACAGGAGCAGUGUGCUCCAACGCUGCUCUAUAAUUAUGUAUGCCGGCACAUCCCCUUGCAGUUUGCUGCCAGAGAAAGAGGUAGAAUGCAAAAUGCAGUGUUUUUCAUUAACCUCGCACACACAAGUUCCUGCUGCUAAACAAUGAGGCUGGUAGGUCUAAGCACCCAGGGGCCCUAUCCAGUAAGAUAUAUCCAGUGAUAUUGCAGAUAGCAUUCGUGCGCUUGACAUCAGCAUAAUGGCUCGGGUAAUUGCGUCUCUCGCAAUAACCAAAAACUGAAUCUUGCUGUUCUUCCUUCAGGCUCCUCAUGCAAGUCUGAUUGUACAUUUGGAGGACAAUUUCAUUUUGUGGCAAACAGCUACAUGAAAGGUAAUUACCAAGGGAGCUCAUGGCAGUGAUGAGAGAGUGGCUUUCUGUUUUUGCACAUUGUGAGGGGAAUGAAUGAGAAUGAGGACAACUGAUGCAUCUAAAGUAGGUUCAAAAGGAAGUUGUACUUGGCCAUUAUAAAUUCUGACAGAGAAGGUUGAUGAAAAUGACCGCGUAUCUCACUUUGUGCCUGACCUACAGCCAAAACAAAGAGUUUGGAAAAAAGAAAUGUCACCACAGUGCUCUUUUUUUUUUUUUAGCUAAUGAAUAUAAGUAGGUCCUAAAUGCUUUUGGUUUCAUUAUGUACAGUGAGCUCCAGAAUUAUUGGCUCACUUCUCAAAAGAAAAAAAAUAUUUAUUUUCCAACAUGUGUAAAGUAGUGCGCUUUAUUAAUGAUGAUGACCAGAUUUUCUGCCAAGAUUUCCUGGUACCUUGUUGAAUUCAUUGUGCCAUUGAUCUUAAAGGGUGCCCCCGGACCACUGGCAGCAAAACAUCUUCAAAACAUCAAUGACCCACCACUAUAUUUGACAGUAGGUAUGAGGUGCUUCUCCUUGUAUGCAUUCCAUUUUGCCACCAAAGAUGUUGAUGGUGUGUAUGGCCAAAACAUUCAAUAUUGGUCUCAUUUGACCAUUGCACUCUCUUCUAGUCGUAAUUCCAAUGAGGUUUGGCAAUUUCACGAUGCUUGGUCUUGUUUAUUGUGCUCAGUAAGGGCCAUCUUUGUGCCACCCUUCCAAAGUGUUUGCUGGAUGUGCCGUUGUAUGUUUUUUCUUGAUGACCCCAAGACACAACCAAUCUCUGCAAUUCUUAAAACAGCAAUCCUUGGAUUACUUAUAGACCCCUUCACCAUAUUCAUUACUGUCCCUGGGGAUAAUAUGCACAUGCACCCUCUUCCUGGCAAGUGUGCAACCAUUCCAUAUGUUUUACACCUUUUUAUUAUUGCACUUACAGUGCUCAGUGGUAUGUUAACCAUUUAUACAGUAUAUUUUUGUACCGAUUAACCGACAUGUGAUGGUCAGUUACCAUCCGUCUUCUCAAUUGACAUUUCUUUGGCUUUUUCCAUGCUGAUGGUUGACAAAGGGAUUUGGCUUGUUACCUAAUUUUUAUACUCUAGUGAAACAGGAAGUGAUGGAAUGACACAGUAUUGUAGUUCCUUUAGACUAGGAUUAACUAAAUAUUUCAAAUUUCAUUUUGUUUACAAUAAUUGUUCGAUUGAGUAAUUUUGGCACCUGUGGUUUUCAGAAAAAGUGAGUUUUCUAAAUAAAACAGUAAAUGUAUUGAAAUAAAAGUAUAUCGUUUUUCCUGUAUGUUUGAACAAAAAAUAUACAUCAUUGUCAAUGUUGUUUAUUAUACUCAGCCUUUUUUCUCCAUUUUUCUCCAAUGGUGCCAAUAAUUCUGGAGUCAACUGUAUGCACUGUAUUUAAAACUGAAUAUGUGUUGAGUGUAUCAGGCAGUUAUUGCGUAUUAGUUAACAGUAUUAACUCAUACAAUGUGUUCUUACCUAUGGAGUGUAAUGGGACUAUAGAAAGUAAAUUUGCACAUUGCACGACUGCUGCUUUAGACUGAUUCUUAAAUUCUAAGAUAAAGUAUAGGAUGGUUUGUGAAUUUGAACAUGUAUUGUACAAAAACAUAUUUUUAUAAUUACACUAAAAAAUCUGAGUGGAGAACUGUGAUAUUUGGUGCUUUUAUUGUCUU